UCCAGGCUGGGCGGCUAGGGGCUAGAAGAGGCCGAGCUCCCCGGCUCAAUCUGCGGGGCGUCUCUGGAGCUUCACCAUCUUCCUGGACCGGGACGCGGCGUCCGGGGAGAGGAGGGUGCAGGGAACGCGGCGAUGGCUCCGUGGGGACUCCCGGGGUCCGCUGUGCUCUCUGCUGCGGUGUUCGUGGGAGGCGCCGUGAGUUCGCCGCUGGUGGCCCCCGACAACUCUGGCAACCAUGCGUUACACUCCCGAGCAGAGACGACUCCGUCGUCACCCACCAAUAAUGCUGGGAAUGGACACCCGGAAUAUAUCGCGUAUGUGCUUGUCCCUGUGUUCUUCAUCAUGGGUCUCCUUGGUGUCCUCAUCUGCCACUUGCUUAAGAAGAAAGGCUAUCGGUGUACGACAGAGGCCGAACAGGAAGUUGAAGAGGAAAAAGUAGAGAAGAUAGAGUUGAAUGACAGUGUAAAUGAAAACAGUGACACCGUUGGGCAGAUUGUCCACUACAUCAUGAAGAAUGAAGCGAAUGCAGAUAUUUUGAAAGCCAUGGUAGCUGACAACAGCGUGGCCGAUGUUGAAAGCCCUGUGACCCCUAGCACCCCGGGGAGCCCACCUGUGAGUCCUGGGCCCUUGUCACCAGGGGGCACCCCAGGGAAGCAUGUCUGCGGCCACCAUCUGCACACAGUGGGAGGUGUCGUUGAGCGGGACGUGUGCCAACGCUGUAGGCACAAGCGAUGGCACUUCAUAAGACCCACCAACAAGUCCAAAGAGGGCCGGCCGCGGCGUCAAGGGGAGGUCACGGUCCUCUCUGUUGGCAGGUUUAGAGUCACCAAAGUGGAGCACAAGUCAAACCAGAAGGAGCGGAGAAGUCUGAUGUCCGUCGGAGGGACCGAGAGUGUCAACGGCGACGUGCCCGUGACGCCCGUGAAGAGAGAACGGAGUGACACGGAGUAGCAGCAGUGGCUUUCUUGAAGCGUUCUAAGAGACUCCAAACUCGCAAGAUAUGAAGUUGACUGGGGAAUAUUUUUAUAUGUUUUUUACAGUUUCUAUCAUGAAGUCAAUGGGCAUGUGGCUCAAACCCAAAAGGGAAUAUUUUUGCUAUGCUGAACACGGAAUUCAGUUUGCUUUGAAAGAAGUUUGGGACUUCAAAGUCUGAUGGGAAUUUUAGUUCGGUUUCCCAGAGGGAAAGAGCUCAUUUUAUUUUUUUGUACUUGUGGACCGUCCCUAGCCACCCACCAUGGUUCCCGGUUGCCCAUUCCCGGCUGUUCCGUACACAAGCAGCUCCUCCCUUGGAAUCACGACCUUAUGAACAGCGGAGCCGUUCACGGCCUGAGCUUCUGCUGGUGUGUUCACGUCUGUUACUCAAGCCAGAUUCCAUUUUGAUACUGGUUAUAAGAUCUUCGUAUUCACAGUUGGGCUGUUACAGAAGACCCUUUCCAAAAGGGGUCCUUGGAAACAUCUAGUGAGUGCUCAGAAGCCCAUCCCCCAGGAGAUCAUGGAAUCAGAUGGAAACCACAGCCCUGGAGACUUAGGAUUCCUGGACCAAGAAUUCAGCAUUGACUCCUGCUGCCAUCUGGCCACGCCUGUCACUCUUGGGUCACUUAGAAAAUACAGAGACUAUUACUGUUUUUAUUUCACUUAAUCUAAACAGUUCUCCUUUAGUAUUUGAGUAAAAGGGGAAAUGGUUUAAAGUCACUCUAAAAAAAAAUCAGUUUUGACAACCAGAGACCAAAACAAAACACUCCUUAAGUAAAUGAGCCCCUGCUGAGACCUCUGUGGGUUUUACUCUGGGUCCUGCGGUUCUUCUUGUAACUGAUGCUCAGUAGAGGCUUCUGAGGAAGGCUGCAAGUUCAAGGCCUGCGUGGGCUACAGAGAGAGUUAAGGGAUAGCCUGGGUGACUGAGCCAGACCCUGUCUCAAAACAAAAAAGUGAAAAGAGAGCUGGGAUGUAGCUCAGUGGUAGAGCACUUUCCCGGCAUGCUCAGCCACUCUUAGAGGUUGGUCUCUCUCGUAGCUUUGUUUAUAAAGCACCCGGAAGUGUACAGAAACAGCUGGUAUUUGUGUAGGGUGGGGGUGGGGGUGGGGCAAGCUCUAUGCCCUGCCUCCACGGGUGUGACGCAUUGAGUGCUUCAUUUAUUUCAAAGAGAAAGGGU